AUUUACGAGUAAACGUACAAUAUGGAUAACAACAUAAGAAACGUAAAUCCAAAUAAUAUAAGGAACGUUUUUGAUAUAAGACAAAAACCGGGGAACGUCUCAUCUCCGUCUAAUAGCUUAGAAAGCAACAGGAACGAAAGCGUCCGAGAUAAUAACGACUAUAAUGAUUCAAAUUUUUUGUGUUUGCUCUAUAAAAACGGAUUUCUUGGCGCGGCUUAUUAUAAUUUUGCAGAAAAAACUCUUAACGUUUACGAAGAGAUGCCCGAGCUAAGUCCCCGUUACAUAAUGACAGCCACUUUAAUCCGAGAAGUAGCUCCAAAGCACAUACUGACCUUCGGCAACCCCUCCGAAGAAUUCGUUAAGACCUCCAUAGAAUUAUUCACUUCUGAUUCCGAUACCACCAAUAGCACCAGCAUCACCAGAUUGCCUGAAAACUUUUAUUUGGUUUCUCUUAAGGAGUUUUCCUACGAAGCUUGCAAGACAAUAGUCACAAACAUUGAUGUAGCUUCUAACAGUUUAGAGAAUACAGAUGUUAAGCAAGAAGUUUAUGUGCGCUCUGUAAUCAAUAUGAACCACAGGUUAUCAGUUCAAGCUUUAGGGGCUAUAUAUAAGUAUUUGGAGAAGCAUUGGUCAAUGUUUGGGGUGGACCAUCAUGAAGCUGUAGUUUUGCAUAUACAGCAAGUCACUUUACGAAAUCACGUACUGAUAGAUCAUGCCAGUUUUAAGGCCUUACACAUCUUCUCACCCAAGGCACACGAUGCUGGAUUUAAAAGGGGAGAUUCUAGCCACAGGGAGGGACUCAGCCUAUAUAAAUUCUUCGUUUAUGCUUGUAAGUCUAAAAUGGGACAGGCGCAGUUAAGAAAUAUUCUUUUGUCGCCUAUAAAUGACAAAAAGGAACUUGAGAAGCGACUGAGUUUCUUAACGUUCGCCUUAAAUCCGUCCAAUAUGGAUAUUAUAGCGAAUAUUCAGGACAAUAUUAAGCAGUUUAAAAAUGUCGCUUAUGUGGGUUUGAUUUUGGCCAAAAUUCAAAACGAACGGGCGACCAAUAAAGACUGGUUCAAACUGCAUAAAAUGAUCUACCACACAAUUUUUAUUAACGAUAUAAGUAGGAGUUAUCGCGAGCAAUCAGAGCUUUUUCAAGAGCUUAACUGCUGCAUAACAGAAAACUUACUGAGGCUACAAGAAUCAAUUGCAAACGCUUUGGAUUUUAAUGCUGGCAGCAAGAAAGGGCGUCCAGUUAUUAAGUUCGGAUUGGAUGUGGAAUUGGAUGCAAAACUUCUUCGAGAAAGGGAUGUAGUGAAACACGUGACUGCCGCAGCAAGAUUCGCAGUAGACGAUUUGCCCUCGUACAUAAACGAAUGUAAAAUCGUUUAUUUGCCAGAGAUGGGUCAUCUUAUGGCGAUCAAAGAGUGGCAAGAGGACUGCGAUCCCGACCAUUUGCAAGAUUUGGGGUAUCAGUUUAUGUUUUCUAUUGGUGGCGUUAUUCAUUACAAGAAUCCUCUUUGCAUCGAUCUCGACAGAAGAUUGGGUGACAUAAACGCCGAAAUUAUCGACCAUGAAAAUCGAAUCUUAAGACGUCUCUCGGCCCUUACAACGAAAUACAAUAAAGACAUUCGUGAUGCCCUCAAAAUUGUCGCCCUUCUAGAUUGUUUAAUAGCGAUGUCAAAAGUAUCACAACAAAACAACUACGUGAAACCCAACUUGAACGAGCAAAGGGUACAUGAAAUUCAAGAGUGCCGACAUCCGCUAUUAGAGAGAAUAUUAACAAGUUUCGAAACUAACGAUUAUUUUUCGGGGGGGACACAUAGUUGCGUCAAAGUUAUUACAGGGCCCAACGGUAGUGGAAAAAGCAUUUUCCUUAAACAAAUAUUUCUCACAAUUUAUUUGGCACACGUGGGCUGUUAUGUACCAGCUAAGAAAGCAGAUAUCGGGCUAGUGAGCAGCAUGCAUUGCAGAUUGCAUACAAAUGACGCGGCUGUAGUCAGAUUAUCAUCGUUUAUGACUGAUAUAGCACAAACUUCUCAAGCCUUCUUCUAUAACUCCCCAAGCUCCCUAAUCAUUUUAGACGAGUUUGGUAAAGGCACAGUCGAUAAAGAUGGCAUUAUUUUACUAGCAGCUUUUUUAAAAUCGUUCCUAUUGAAAAAAGAUCAAUGUCCACACAUAUUGGUCUCCACUCAUUUACAAAGGAUCGCCACCUUGUUACCGGAAACCCCUUAUUUGGAGUAUAUGAAGAUGGAGCAUGUGGUGGAGAAUGGACAUUUUUGUUUCUUGUACAAAAUGUCAAAAGGAGUUUCCAGUAGUUUCGCCUUUGACGUGGCCUCCACCAUUGUCAGUUCAAGUCUUAUAAAGCGAAGCAAAUAUUAUUUCGACUGUUUGCAGCAUAAUAAACCGAUCGCCAUACCAGAAGUGUCCGAGAAAAUUCAGCGGCAUCUUUUAAAUGCGGAUUUUGAGGAUGACGGUCAAACCUCAUUUGAACCGACCAUUCUGCAGGAAAGUCGCGACGCUCCCGCAUUUGAGACUGUUGAGAUGGUUUCUUCGGCGGAAUCUUCGGAUUUUAGUCAUUAGUGGUUA